AUGGCCUCCUUCCUCUUCCUCCCUUUCCUCUCCCUCACUCUCUUCCUCUCUCUCUCCUCCGCCGCCCGCAAUCUUCAACCCCGCAUGCACGUCACAGCCCCUAUCCCUCUGAUCCAGCAAGUCUGCAAAGCCACGCGAUUUCCCGACACUUGUCAGGCCUCCUUAGCCGGGCUCGUCACUGACCCAAACACCACCCCAAUCCAAGCCAUCCAAUCCUCUAUCAAGGUCUCCACCGAUGGCCUCCACACGGCGCAGAAGAUGGUGAAGGCUAUUCUAGACUCGUCCGCAGGCAACCAAAACCGCACCACCGCCGCUAACAAUUGCCUCGACGACCUCGUGAACUCCCAGUACCGCAUUUCGCUAGCCACCGACAACCUGUCACGUGGAAGCAUUAAAAACACACGUGCCUCGAUGAGUGCCGCGCUGCUCUACCAAUACGGCUGCUGGUCGGGUCUCAAGUACGCCAACGACACCCAGAUGAUCAACGAGACGAUGUCGUUUCUCGACUCGCUGGUGGGAAAGUCCAGCAACGCCCUCAGCAUGAUGUUCUCGUACUACAACUUCGGAAACGACACCAAGUUGUGGGCCCCGCCCAAGACAGAGCGCGACGGGUUCUGGGAGCGGGUCGAGGGCAGAGGGUCCGGCCAGGAGGUUCGGGGAGGAGUGCCAUCGAAUUUAACAGCGGACGUGACAGUGUGCAAGGAGAAGACGAAGAAAUGCUACAGGACGGUGCAGAGGGCGGUGAACGCCGCACCGGAUAAUGCGGGAGAGAAGAAGUUCGUGAUUCGCAUAAAGGCUGGGGUGUACAACGAGAUCGUGAGGGUGCCCUUAAAGAAGCGGAACGUGGUGUUUUUGGGUGACGGGAUUGGCAAAACGGUAAUUACCGGGUCGUUGAAUGUGGGCAUGCCAGGAAUCUCCACGUACAAUUCUGCCACUGUCGGUGUUCUUGGAGAUGGGUUCAUGGCCAGUGGUCUCACAAUCCAGAACACAGCAGGCCCUGAUGUCCACCAAGCAGUAGCCUUCAGAUCAGACAGUGAUCUCUCUGUGAUUGAGAACUGUGAAAUCUUAGGCAACCAGGACACUCUCUACGCACACGGCAACCGCCAGUUCUACAAGUCAUGCAACAUCCAAGGCAACGUUGAUUUCAUCUUCGGAAACUCAGCUGCGGUUUUCCAAGACUGCAACAUCCUCAUCCGCCCUCGACAACUAAACCCCGAGAACGGAGAAAGUAGCACCGUCACAGCUCACGGCAGAACAGACCCUGCACAAUCAACUGGUUUCGUAUUUCAGAACUGCUUGAUCAACGGCACAGAAGAGUUCCUGAAGCUGUAUCAAAACAACCCCGAAGUGCACAAGAGCUACUUGGGGAGGCCAUGGAAGGAGUAUUCAAGGACAGUUUUUAUAAACUGUACCAUGGAAGCUCUUCUUUCCCCAGAUGGGUGGAUGACUUGGAGUGAGGAUUUUGCUUUGAGCACCCUUUUCUAUGGGGAGUUUGGUAAUUCUGGAGCUGGUUCUGAUUUUUCCAAGAGAGUGCCCUUUAGUAGCAAGAUCCCAUCUGAGCAUGUUAAUGCAUAUUCUGUGCAGAAUUUUAUUCAGGGAAAUGAGUGGAUUUCAACAUGA